CUCUACACCCACUCUCUCUCUCUCUCUCUCUCCAAUCACUGAGGGCCGCCAUGACAGCACUUCUCUGCUUCUAAAAAGCCCUAAACAGUGAAAGCUCUGGAGAACUAGUGAUGGCGGCUUCCUUGACUUCGUCGCCAUUGCCUGAAUUUCCCUUUCUCCGGCCAAAAAGUCGCCGGAGUUUCAAAUUUGAUCCCUCCAAAGCCCAUGCUCAGAGAUUCAAACGCGCUUUCCAGCUGAAAUUCCGGGCAAUUCAGAGGGAGUCAAAUACAAUUGCAGAAGAAGAAAAGAGGGAUACUUUGGUUGAUUCUUAUGAAUUGAAUGGGAAUGGAAGUGCAUAUGGCUCGAAUGGAUCAUUGUCGAGCUCUACAAUAAAUCCAGAGAAUGGGACAGUGAGUUCGAGCCCUAAUGGAGGGAGUAACGGGAGCUUGGUGAAGUAUGUGAAUGGAAAUGGGGGCUUAAAUGGCAGCAUUUAUGAGCAGAGUGGAAGCGAAGGGAAGAAGAAGACUAUAGAGGAGAUAGGGCAAGAAGAGGCUUGGUUCAAGCGUGGUGGGAAAGACGGACUUGAGGUAUCCGUUGCUCCUGGUGGUCGUUGGAAUAGAUUUAAAACAUAUUCGACGAUACAGAGGACUUUGGAGAUAUGGGGAUUCGUCAUUACAUUCCUUUUCAGGGUUUGGCUAAAUAAUCAGAAGUUCUCUUAUAAAGGAGGGAUGACUGAGGAAAAGAAAGUCGUGAAGCGGAAAGCUCUUGCCAAGUGGUUGAAGGAAAGUAUAUUGAGAUUGGGCCCUACAUUCAUAAAAAUUGGACAGCAGUUCUCCACAAGGGUUGAUAUUCUUGCACAAGAAUAUGUUGACCAACUGUCAGAACUUCAGGAUCAAGUACCUCCUUUUCCUUCAGAAACUGCAGUGGCUAUAAUCGAAGAAGAACUUGGGGCUCCCCCCGAGAGUAUUUUUGAUCGAUUUGAUUUUGAGCCAAUGGCUGCUGCAAGUCUUGGCCAAGUACAUCGUGCAAGAUUGAAGGGCCAGGAAGUUGUCAUCAAAGUACAGAGACCAGGGCUUAAGGAUCUUUUCGAUAUUGAUCUGAAAAACCUAAGGGUGAUUGCCGAAUAUUUGCAGAAAGUUGACCCGAAAUCUGAUGGUGCAAAGAGGGAUUGGGUUGCUAUUUAUGAUGAAUGUGCAAGUGUUUUAUAUCAGGAGAUCGAUUACUCCAAGGAAGCUGCUAAUGCAGAAUUGUUUGCAGAAAACUUCAAAAAUAUGGAUUAUGUGAAAGUUCCGAAAGUAUUCUGGGACUAUACAACGCCACAGGUCCUGACCAUGGAGUAUGUCCCAGGGAUCAAAAUAAAUAGGAUUGCUGCUUUAGAUCAGUUGGGUGUUGACAGGAAAAGGUUGGGUCGAUAUGCUGUUGAAUCUUACUUGGAACAGAUUUUAUCUCAUGGAUUUUUCCAUGCCGACCCUCACCCUGGAAAUAUUGCAGCAGAUGAUGUGAAUGGUGGAAGGCUCAUAUUUUAUGAUUUUGGGAUGAUGGGAAGCAUUAGUCCAAAUAUUAGAGGUGGUCUCCUUGAAACCUUUUAUGGUGUUUACGAAAAGGACCCAGACAAGGUACUUCAGGCUAUGAUUCAGAUGGGCGUGCUAGUGCCUACUGGUGAUAUGACAGCUGUGCGAAGGACAGCACAGUUCUUUCUCAAGAGUUUUGAAGAGCGCCUUGCGGCUCAGAAGAAGGAGAAGGAGAUGGCGACAACUGAACUUGGAUUCAAGAAGCCUCUAUCCAAUGAGGACAGAUUGCAAAAGAAGAAGGAAAGACUAGCUGCUAUUGGUGAAGAUCUAUUGGCCAUUGCUGCUGAUCAGCCUUUCCGUUUUCCUGCUACUUUCACAUUUGUUGUUCGAGCAUUUUCAGUACUAGAUGGCAUUGGGAAAGGUCUUGAUCCUCGAUUCGACAUCACAGAGAUUGCAAAACCAUAUGCACUAGAAUUGUUAAGGUUCCGGGAGGCCGGUAUUGAAGUUAUUCUGAAGGAUAUACGGAAGAGAUGGGAUCGGCAAUCCCGUGCUUUCUACAACCUAUUUAGACAAGCUGACAGAGUUGAAAAGCUUGCUGAAAUCAUUCAACGUUUGGAGAAAGGAGAUUUGAAGCUAAGAGUGCGAACACUGGAGUCUGAAAGGGCAUUCAAAAGAGUUGCAACAGUUCAAAAGACCAUCGGAAAUGCUGUAGCUGCAGGAAGCUUAAUAAACCUUGCAACGAUGCUGUACUUAAAUUCCAUCAGAUUUCCUGCAAUGGUUGCGUAUACGUUUUGCGCUGUCUUUGGUGCCCAAGUUCUAAUUGGAAUUCUCAAGGUCAAAAGGUUGGAUCAACAAGAAAAGCUGAUCACAGGCACUGCCUAGUCUUUAUUGAGUUGGGGCCUUUUAUUUGCAUUCUAAUUUUAUGUUUCUUUCUUAAUGAAUCAAAUUUUGUCAUUAUUUAUGUAUAGAGGCUUUGAGUAGCUCAGGGCCUUUCAUUGGUUGUGUUGCACUUGCUGGAUGAUCCCAAGAAAAUUUGGAAAUGGGAUCUACAUAUGUACAUAUGUAUUUUGGCUUUGUUGUCUUGCAUGUAAUUGCGACUUUCUCUCUCUCUUUGGGAAUAAUGAACCUAUUAAUUUGGUACGGAAUGUUAUCGUCAUCGUUGUCAAA